GACGCCUCGGAGGCGCCAACCAAGAUGGCGGCAGCUGUGGCGGCCGGAGGAGCCGGAGGCGGCGGCGUCCGGGGCAGCCUCUCCAUGGCCCCCCUCGCGGCUGCUGCCUCCACGCCGCUGGCGCCGCCCUCGGAGCGCUUCUCGCUGGUGGUGGUCUUCGGCGCCGGGGGCGGCCGGCCGGGGCUGCGCAGGGCGGUGCUGGCGGCCGUCAGAGCGGGGAUCCGUUCUUGGGAUAUCGACCUGACCACCUGCAACCUUGAUCAGCAGCUCAAGCUCUUCGUCUCCCGCCACUCUGCAACUUUUUCAGAUAUAGUGAAAGGUCAGCGUGCCCUCCACCAUCGUGGCGAUGUGCUGGAAACCUUAGUGUUGCUGAACCCUUCAGACAAAUCCAUCUGUGAUGAGCUCCGUAACCUGAUCACCGACCCUUCGCGCCACAAGCUGCUGAUCUUUGCCGGGCCCUGCAUUGAGGAGACGGGGGAGCUGGUGCUGCAGAUGGGCUCCUUCUCCUUGCGAGACUUCAUCCAGGUCUUUGCAGACAAAGAGGUUGGGGAGCUGCUCAGCUCAGCCGACCCCUCUGCCAAAGCCAGCUUGACCGUGAUCUGCCCAGACUUUGGGGAAUGGAAAGACCCCCGCCUCAGCCAGCACAACCUCUUGGACUUCAUAGACCUGCACUUCAACCCCAGCUGUGUGCUGCCCCAGAUGGAGGGGCUGCAGGAGUUCAUGGAGUACCUUUCGGAGUCCCUGGAGCCCCUGUCCCCCUUUGACCUCCUGGAGCCCCCUAGCACAGUUGGCUUCCUGAAGCUCUCCAAGCCCUGCUGCUAUAUCUUUCCUGGGGGGCGAGGCGACUCGGCCUUCUUCGCAGUCAACGGCUUCAACCUCCUGGUGAACGGGGGAUCCAACCCUCGGUCCUCCUUCUGGAAACUGGUGCGUCACCUGGACCGUAUCGAUUCCAUCUUGGUGACCCACGUGGGGACCGACAGUCUGCCUGGAGUGAACAGCCUGCUUCAGCGGAAGCUGGCCGAAACGGAGGAGGACCCUUCCUCCCAGAGCUCCCAGGUGGAUGACUGGGUGAAGAACCUCAUCUCGCCAGAGCUGGGGGUGGUCUUCCUCAACGCCUCGGAGAAGCUGAAAGACAUCGAAGGGGAUUCCGGCGUCUUGAAGAGCUGCGACGAGGCCAGCCUGACUCUGCAGUACCUGCACAAACUGGGCAUUCGGCCCAAGCCGCUUUCCCGGGAAGCCACUCCCAGGACAGAGCCCACCAUCCUCUUUCAGAAGAUGGGCGUGGGGCGCCUGGAGAUGUAUGUGCUGCACCCGGUGAAGGGCAGCCGGGAGCUGGAGUUCCUGAUGCAGCAGUGGUGUGGGAACGGCCACCCCAAGGGGCUGGAGCUGCCCCUACAGUGCCUGACCUCCAUCUGCGCUCUCCUCAUCUGGCACCCGGUGAGCCCCACUGAAAAAAUCGUCCGGGUCUUGUUCCCAGGCUGCACUCCCCAGGCCAGGAUCUUAGAAGGGCUGGAGAAGGUCAAACAUUUGGAGUUCCUCAAGCACCCUGUGGUCACUCAGAAGGACAUGGACUCUCUCUCCAUCUCCCAAGCCAGGCACAAGAGGGCAGAGAGUCAGGAGAGCCUCAAGUCCAGCUCUCGGCUCAGCCUGACCGAAUCCAAGGAGAGGAAGGAGCCAAAGCUCCAGCCCAGGGCGCCCAGCGAGGCCUCCAAGGGCAGCUUUGAGGAGGAAAAGGCCAGGGGGGCCCAGCUGAAGAAGGAGCCCUCGGCGGAGAAGAGCAGGCAGGAUGCGAGGCCCAAGCAGCUGAAGGAGAAGUCGGGGGCCAAGAAAGAGGGGAAGAAGGUGCUGCCAAAGGAAGAGGCUCCUCAGGAGAAGGAGGUAGCCAGGAAAGAGGGGAGGCUGCCCAGGAGGGAGACAGCCAAGCGAGAGGAGACCAAGAAGGAGGGGAAGCUGGAGGACAAGGCAGCCAAGCUGCCCACAAGAGAGCUGCGGAGAAUGCCAAGCGCAGAGGUGAAAAGGCCGCCCACCAAAGUGGGCACUUUCAAAAAGACGAUUCCUGCUCCAAAAAAGGAGCUGGAGAGGCCAAAGAGCAAGUUGCUGAAGGAGACCCCUGGGAAGCCCUCGAGUGGCACCAAAGGUGGCCUCUCGGAGGGGUCUAAGCCCCCCUCCUCAUCCUCAGAGAAGGACAUGCAGGAGAAACUGCGUGGGGGCUCCCGCCAGGCAGGGAUGGCAGGGCAGGGGUCAGAUCAGCCCGUUGACCUGGCCGAGAGCCAGCUGAGGCCUUCCCUGCUACGCAGCGUGGACUGCCAAAGAAACGGCCUGGAGCCCGCCCAGAAUGGCUUGGGCCCAGAGAGCCCUCAGCCUUUCCGGCAUCUGGAAGCUGGCUCGCCUUUGAAAUGGAUUGGGCCCCCCUCCCCGCUGGUCAAGACUCCCAAGAGCGAUCAGAGCAUCAACCUGGAACUGUCCCCGACUGACCUUCAACCCCAGCUCAAUCACUGCCCGGACACGGAGGAUGCCGGCGGCAGCUCUGAAGAAAAGACCCUGGAGAUGAUGUCCCCCGCCAGCGCAGGGCGCACGCCUUCCCACCACUCCCCCAUGGAGGACGUGGCCAUGGAGGAGGAGCCCGUGGCCCUCGGCAAUCCCUGGAGGCCCGAUGGCACUGUCCCUGGUCCCCGAGCCUCGCACGACAACUCUAGCUCUUCCCAGGAGAAGCCCCCCAGCUGCCUCUCCCCGAGCCUCUUUCGGGACGACCUCCACGAUGUCUCCCCCACACUCACCACCACCCCCUCGCUGCCGGCUGAAGUGGGCUCCCCCCACUCCACCGAGGUAGACGAAUCGCUCUCGAUCUCCUUUGAGCAGCUCCUGCCGCCCGUGAGUGAAUUCCCCCAGGAGGAAGGAGAAGGCAUGCAGGUCGGGGGGCUCACCCCAGACCCCGAGCCUGCAUUAGGGAAGAGCGGGAUGUCCCUGCCCAUCCUCUCCUGUCACCCCCAGCGCCUGGAUGGUCAGGUCCUGCCCAGAUCCGGCCGGCGGUCGGAUUCCCCCCAUGACGUGGAUCUCUGCCUGGUGUCCCCUUGUGAGUUUGAGCACCCCAAGUCAGACAGGUCCCCCUCGGCCAACUUCAGCCCCCGGGACAUGUCCAACAGCAGUGACUUCUCCCAGGAACUGGCUAAGCCCCCAUUGCACAGGAAGGGGCCUCGAGCCCGCCGAUCCCACCCUCUGCUGGACGAGACCCCGCCAACGUCCUUCAGCGAAUCGCUCCCCACCCUCUCUGACUCGGAUGCCCCGCCUGCCAUGGAAGAGUGCCCUUCUCUUACAGCUGACGGUGGACUGGACUCGGACGAUGACCCGGAGAGCCUAGCCCAGGCCCGUGACCCGCUCCCAGCCGUCCUGAAAGACCCCUGCCCUCUCCCUGCCCAGCCGGGCAUCUGCAUGGUGGACCCCGAGAGAGAAGGGGCCGCCAAAGCCAAGCGAGCCUCAUCGCGGGGGGCUUCGGCCCCUCCCAAAGCAGAUGCCCUCAAAGCCGCUGCUCCCAAUGCCCGGCCAAAGCCUUCCUCGGCCAGCGUGGGGGAGAGAGCCCGGCUGCCGGUCCCUGGCAGAAGCGACCCCCCAAACUCUCGUGCUAGCGGGGACAACCGGCUGGCCUUCGUCCAACGGAGCGCAAAUGCCCGGCCUCUCCCGGGGGGAGGAAGAGCCACCCCAGCAGGGGCCCGUCCCAGCCUGCCACGCUGCCCAGUGUACCUGGAGCUGGCCUACCUGCCGGGCUCGGCCAGCGCCCAGAAGGUGGACGAGGACUUCUUCCGCUGCGUCCGCUCCCAGUGCUACGUCAUCAGCGGGGAGGACCACCUGAAGGAGAGCGUCCUGCGGGGCAUCCUGGAUGCCCUGCUCUUGGGGAAGCAGCAGUGGGCCCACGACACCCAGGUGACCCUCAUCCCGACCUUCGACUCGCUGGUCAUGCACGAGUGGUACACGGAGACGCUGGAGCGGCAGCAGGAGCUGGGCGUGACUGUCCUGGGCAGUAACAGCACCGUGGCCAUGCAGGACGAGACCUUCCCUGCCUGCAAAGUGGAGUUCUGAGCAGGACUGGAACUGAGGCCGGGGGGUGGGUGGGGUGGGGAGCCCUGGGGAGGCUCCUGCUCCCCCCCACCUUGAUGAGCCGGCUGAUGCAGGAAGAGUCACUUCCUUCCAAAGCUGUGCUUCAUGCCAAAAGAGCCCUCUGCCUUCUGGGGGGGACGGGGGCCCCAGUGGAGAAUUGCAUCCCCCCCUCCCCAUUUGUCUGGUUUGUUUGCAUGUUCACCACCACAGCUUCUCUCCAGCCCAGGGAGGUGGAGGGGGCCCAGGAGAGGCCCGGCUGUGGCUCCCACCCGUGGCAUGGUUGGGGGGCUGCUUCUCCUCUUUCCCCACCCACCCCUCUGAUGUGGGUCUAGGUGUCUCCCCGCCUGGAGCAGCCCACCCUUUGUCUCUGGGAAGAGUCCCGUUGUUCAUGCAGCUGGACAGCACAGGGUCCAGUGAGAGCAUCUUGUACUGGCCCCUCCUGCCCCCCCUCCCCCCGGUUCCCAUUGGCUCUGCCUCCCUAUUCGCAGAGAGCUGUGGAGUGGCAGGUGAUCCUUUCGGGCCUCCCCAGGGGAGAAGAGAAUGCGAUUUGGGGGGGGGGGCUCCAGCCCUCCUGAAGUUUGCAGAGGAGUGGCUUUGCAUCUGGCUCUUUCCUGGGGAGGCUGGGGGCAGGGUGUCAAACAUUCCCAGCUGAUCCCCCCCCCCUUCAGCCGCCCACUUCAGACUUCUACCUCUUUUAUGUUCAAAACCUUGGAGGGUUGGGCAGUUUUUCUGGAGACUUCAGCCACAAAGGCCCAAAUCCAGGCCAUGGCGCCUCCUCCGGGGCCUUUCUGCAGCUCUGGAAAGACCACCCCCCCUCCUUUUAACGUUUGAAGGAAACUUGGGGAAAAUAAACCCCUUGCAAUGUGACACUAAAUCUUUCAUUUUUCUAAGGAAGGAAAUGUGGUUUUUUUAUGCGUUUUAUAUUUUUUUUCUAAAAAACCCCACCCAAACUGUUAGCAUAUGGAAGGUUUAUAAUUUAUAGGCUGGCCUCCUGUGUGGGAGGUUGGGUGGGCCUGCCCUUUGCUUGUCUCCCCCCCACCCCAUAUUCCCUUCUGCGUCUGGGGUCAGCCCUGUCUUUUGUAUCAGCAUGAUGUGUGUCUAGAAGUAUUUUGGGGAGGGGGAAUGUUUCCACCACCUUUGUAUGAAAGCCUGGCAGAUGAGGGCGGGGGAAGGAGGGCUGGCUGGCUGGCCACCUGGGGGUCCCCCUCUCCCUGGCCUCAGCUGACCUCUCCCAGCUGUAGGGAAAAAAGGAUGUGGUUGUUGUAGCCAUUACAGUUAACCCCGUGAUACACAAAUGUUAUGUGUGUACACACACAAAUGCACACCUGUGUUGAAUUCUAUUAAACCAUUAAAAGAAGUACAUAGCUCAA